CAAAUUAUAAAUACUCGCACCAGUAUAGUCUCUUCAUUCAUUAAAGCUUUAAACUGUUUUCUCCCCACUUGUUUAUUUUCUUCUUAUCAGUCCUUUUUUCUUGCAUAUCUGCCAAUAAUACUCAACAUUCGACGGUUCAAAUUUUCUUUAUCAAAUUUUGAAAAUGAGCACAAAUAAGGGUAACAAAGAGAGCAGAAUUAAGAGGUGCAUAAAAGCACCAAUUAGAGUUUUAAUUAAAGCAAGAGACUGUUACGUCCAUAGCUUGAUGGAUUGUUCUGGAAAAAUUGGGUAUGGCAGUGUUAUGGGUGUUCCACAAAUCUCUGCUUUGCCGAGAAGUUUCAGUGUCAAUUCAUCUGUAUCAAGUAGUAGGGACGAAGAUUUCAGGGAGCUGGUGCGAAUUGCUUCCAGAAAAAGUCUGGUAAACAAAAUGGAAACAGAGUUUCUGAGGCAAAAAUCAAUUGCAAAGAAUGUUGAUUUGGUGCCUCGGAGUCGAUCUGUUGCAUUUGGAAGAAUCGAUGAAGAUAAGCCGUGUGAUUUUGGUGACGAUGUGAAAGUGAAUACAGAUUUGUUUCUGAGAAGUAGAAGCUGUGCUGUUUCUUCUAGAAAAACAGGGUUGUUCUGAAACAGAGGAAGAGAAUUUGGAAGAAGGAAACAAGGCUUGCUGUUGUUAAGUAUCUGCUACACUGUUUCUUUGGAUUGUUUUUGUUAUGGUUUCUCUUUCGCUGUUGUUGCAUAUACAUCUUCACUUCGCA